AUUAAACAAUUUUAUCAUGGUGUUCUUUGUAAAAGCACUUGUUUGAAUGAUUUGUAUUACAAAAGAAGACAAAUUAAAUUACUUUGUUACAUUUGUAUAUAAAGGUGAAACUCCUUUUUGUAAGAUAAAACAAAAGCGCUUCUGAAGUGCGUUAGAAUUCUAAGUGGUGGAGAAUGGCUUUUAUAGAACGAUAAAAAAGUUUGCAUAAAAACCUGAAAGUUUAUGUUUAAAAAAAAGCGAACUCUUAUUGGACUUCAAGAAGUCAUUACAUUUUUAUACGAUGGGUUAUGGCUUAUCAUCUAAAAAUUCUACUUUAAUAGAUAAAUAUUUAAAAAAAAAUGCACAUGCUUAACGAAGAGAGACGAAAACACGAAGUUAAUCGGAAAAGAAAGAUACGAAAGUUUGUAAUUGUUGGUUCGAAGGGUAGUGGUAAAAAAGCACUUAUAAACCGAUUUAUCGGACUUCCUUUUGACAAUAAAGACAACACUGAAAAUAAUAUCUAUAAGCACAAAAAGUCAUAUAAAGGAUAUCAACUAAAUAUCCAAAUGGCUGUUCUCGCCGAAACAAAAACUGAAGAUUCAAAAAAACAUAUAAAAACAGCUGAUGGUAUCAUUCUUACGUAUGAAUACGAAUCAGUGGAAUCGGCCCAAAAAUUAAUAGAACUAUAUUCACAAUUACGAGAAAUACGAGAAGAUAAAAUGCCUCUGGUAGUAGUUGGAACUAAAACAGACUUAUACAAAGGCUCGUUACCAGUUUCAUCUAACGACUUUUUGAAAUCAUCAUCGCACGAUUCUGUUAAAAAAAUACUAUGUGCAAAACAUAUCGUGACGUCAGCUAAAAAUAACAUAAAUGUAGCGGAGGUUUUUAAUUUUUGUUUGAGUAACGCUAUAAAGAGAAUUCACACUUUGUCUAUGUCAGAAGAAAGACCUCUGAUCUACAAACGGAAAAAUGUUUCUUGUUGGAGAAAUGGAUUUUUAUGCAGAAAUCUGUUGUUAUGCGUUCGCAAGCGAUUCACUAUUAUUUAAAUAGUGUCUUUUUUUUUCGUUUUGUAUUAGUAAUUUUUCUUUUUUAAAUAAUAUUGUAUAGAAA